AUGUCAGGAGGCGGCACGCCGCUGGACCACCUGCACAGUGGCAGCGGUGAUUCGCGGGGCACGGCCAGCGGGGGGCGGUGCCCUUCGUCACGCCUGCGCUCCCACUCAGGGUUGAGUCAGUUCAGGGAGGUGGACUUCAGCGACCAGCACCUCGGGGGCGCCGCCGCCCGGUUCAGGCCACCCCCUCCCCCGCCACCCGGCCUGGAGGCUGGUUGGCCCUGCCCCCCGCCUACCCCCAGGGACGCUCCGACACCCCAGGAGCACCAAGGCCAGGCCACGCAGAUCCCUGCUGACCAAGCGGGCCCCGGACCACCUGAGGGGCGGGGCGAGGCGUGUGCAGCAGCGUGUGACGGGGCACGGGGAGGAGAGGGUGAAGGGGCUGGAGUGGCUGGGGGUUGCAGCAGUCAGCAGGUUCCCCUGGACCGCAGCGUGGAGGUGGCUGGGGGCAGCGGUGCCCUGGGGGGCGCGGUGGCACUGUUCCGUAGAGCUCCACGGAAACCGCCGCGCCGCGCCUCGGGCUACAGCAGCGGCAGCAGCGGCGCCUCCCAGGCCGCCAGCCGCCCCGCGUCCCCAGCUUCCACGGCGGACACACAACUGUCAGGGGCGGGAGAAGGGGCGGAGCCCCUAUCCAAGCAGCGCCUGCCGCCGCCUGACGAGAAGGAGCGGCCCAUGUUGACGGCGGCCUCUGCGGCGCUGUACGACGAGCUGACGAGGACCGGCGGGCCGCCUGCCGGGCGCUGCCUGCUGGUGGUGGCGGCGGCCACGGCCUUCCUGGUGACCGUGGUGGGCGCCACGGCCCUGCUGGUCAUGCCCCGGCCCCUCAGUGCGCGCCCCGACGCCCACAUGCGUUCCCCACACCUCCGCCCUCCGGUCACACCAGCCCCGCACCAGGCCUUGCCGCCCACGCCCACCGCAACGCCCACCAGGCUCCGCGCCGCGCCCCUCGUGCGCCCCCUCAACCAGGUCCCCCUCACCACCACGCCGCCCCCACCACCACGUCACCCCAACCACCACCAUCACCACCAUGCCACCCCCACCGCCACCACGCUACACUGCAGCAGGAAAGACGUUUAUGUAAGAUCGGGAUACACUGGCGAGGUGACAAGCAUUCAGGCUGAGGGGCAAGAGGCGGCGAUCAGUCUUUUCGUGAAUGCUGAGAGGAAAGGAAGUUUUAAGGGCAUUCACUUAGAUCUUCAUAAUGGAAUGUCGACCGUUUUCUUCAAACUUGGCGGGUGUUUCAAGCGGGACACGAACUGGAAGGAGUUACGGGCGUGGGCGAGGGUGGAGGAGGUGGAGUUUGGAGUGGAGGUCGGGAGCUGCGCCAUGUCCUGCGUCGUGGAGGGUCUAAACACCUCUCUGACGUCAUACAACCUCACUAUGGUGGCGUACGGUUCCUCAAGCUGGGUUUAUGAAGUGCCGAAAUCCUGCAGUGUGCUUUCCCUCGCCUACGCCACCCCCGCCCCUCAAAGACUCCCUGCCUGCCUACCCCUGCCACCACCACCGCAGCCCACACUCGGCCUCAUCAUCUGCGUGGCGACUAUUCUGUGUUUCAUGCUGGUUUUGUUCAUUUUGGCAGCGAUAUAUUGCAAGUUUUACGCUGGCAAGAAGUGA